AUGGACUGCACAGCCAAGAGAGUUCAACUGCUCCUCCUCAUGGCGCUGCUGGCGCACCUGGCGUUGGACGCAGAGGGCGUGGCCACCUGCUGCUCGAGCGCGUCAAGGUCCUGCAAAUUAUACGAGAUUCUGUGCCGCGCGGGACGCCGAAACGACACGUCCGUCGCCAGGCAUAUCGGCCGCUUUAAUAACGACGCGGCUGUCGGGAUACUAACGCUUGGCAAGCGUAAAGUGGGCGAGAGACGCGUCCAGGACCGCCUGCAGCAGCUCCUGCACGGCUCGCGGAAUCAGGCCGCGGGAAUCCUGACGAUGGGAAAGAGACUCGAGGACGGCUCGCACCUGCAGCUGCGGUAUCUGAUGCCCAGGGCACCGGAGGAUCUGCACGCUUAUGAAAAACGAUGACACUUGUCGCUUUUUAAAACCACGGCAGAGCUGUUCAUUGGUGACGUUAAUUUGUAGGCCAACACAGAAAGCUAAUUCUUAAUUGGGUUUGAAAGUAACGUUUUUGAUUUGAGCAAAAAGUUUAUGAUUAAGAUUGCGCUAAUAAGAGACAUAGGCCUGUUUGUUUUUCUAACGCAAGUCUAUUAAAACUCCUGAGGUAACCCACAAGGUUUCAAAAAAUGCAAAAUCCCUUCUUUUCCAUAGUGAACAACAGCUAUCUUACCUGUAUCAGUGGACUUCGCGUUUUUCUGAUUAAUAAAACACACAACUAAAUUUAUUAGUAUUUUUAUGAGUAGCCCAUAUUAAUAAAUUCAUGAGUAUUUUAUCACAGUUAUUAGGGCAAAACCAUUUAUCAUGUUUUAUAAAGAUGAGCUGUUAGAUUUUAGUCAUGUGUAGUAUGUUUUGUGGUCAGCAGAUGGCAGACGAUGUAAAUAUUGUAAAAUAAAACACUGGCUUAAUAAAGUUCAGAACAAUUUUUUUUUGGUUUGGGAAGUAUAUGAAAACUCACAAAGCUUCAACAAAAACACAACUAAGUUGCUUGAGACUAAAGCUGAACUAUACAACUAAAGCCUGAGAAACUAAUUUACAAACAUUCUAACAUGUUUUCAAAUGUCAUCUUAAAGUAAGAAAAUGCCAUUCCACAAUAUGUCAGAAUUUAAAAUAUAGAUGACCUAUGUGAUACUUAAUGGCUUUUUCUGAUAGUUUGAUCCAGUAGAAUAAUGAUGAACACAAAAUCAUACACAAUGAAUCAUACACAAGCACAUGUGACAACUUGCCCCAGUAUCAUUGUGACAGCUUGGCUCAACCUGACACAUUUUUUGGGAAAUAAUUAGUCUUUUCAAGGGCCCAUGCUUUCAUCCCUUGACCCCCACUGCCUGUGAAAACACAUUUUUAGAUGGUUCCUGCAGCCUUGCCAGUAAGUAUUGACCCAGAGCUGUAUCCUUUCAGAUUUCACCCUUAUAGAAAUUCCUGUGUGUGUUGUGGGAGAUGCUGCUUUUGUCUGGUAAUAUAUGUAAAUAUCUGCUCUGCACAGAUGGCGGUUCUGCUUUCCCUUUCACGCCAUCUCUCUCUCUCUCUCUCUCUCUCUCUCUCCACCUAAUUCUUGUGUUUCUGCUAAUGUCACUGUCCCUUUAAACCCACUUCAGCCAAUAAAGUCUCUUUAUUUGUUUUAAUAGUCAGUACUGCUCCCAUUACAGCCUCUAUAACUGUCACUCAGUCACUAGAGAGAUCUGCUUGUGCCACAUUAAUUUGGUUAUAUGCGAAAUAUUUUUCUGCAGGCUUUCAGAUAGAUUAUCUUCUCAAAAACAAAUAUAUAUUUGCA